UGGAGCUGAGGGCUGAAGGGAGGAUCGAGGCCCUGGUCGGCUCUGAUUUUGGGGUCUAGCUGCUAUGCUCGCUGAGUCGCGGGGAGUCGGGCCUGGGACGCCUCCUGACGCUCUGCCGCUUGCCUCUGCCGUCUGUCUGUCUCCCGCUCCAGUGGCCCUCUCACCCUUCACUGUAACACGCCGUAUAGGUCACCCCUAUCAGAACCGGACGCCCCCCAAGAAGAAGAAGCCGCGCACGUCCUUCACGCGCCUGCAGAUCUGCGAGCUGGAGAAGCGCUUCCACCGCCAGAAGUACCUGGCCUCCGCCGAGCGCGCCGCCCUGGCCAAGGCGCUCAAAAUGACUGACGCUCAGGUCAAAACCUGGUUCCAGAACCGGCGGACCAAGUGGAGGCGGCAGACCGCGGAGGAGCGCGAGGCCGAGAGGCAGCAGGCGAACCGCAUCCUCCUGCAGCUGCAGCAAGAGGCCUUCCAGAAGAGCCUGGCGCAGCCGCUGCCUGCGGACCCCCUCUGCGUUCACAACUCCUCGCUCUUCGCCCUGCAGAACCUGCAGCCCUGGUCUGAUGAUUCAACCAAGAUCACCAGCGUCACGUCUGUGGCCUCGGCCUGCGAGUGAGCCUGCCCAGCCCACCCCUCAGACCCCGGCCCAGCCAAAGGGGUCAACGCUGAGGCCUGAGAGCCAGGACUCUCUCCCACCCUCCCGGCCUCCGCCUCGGACUGCCCACGGAGGGGAGCACGCCCCUCCACGGGGGCCUGCCUGCUUGCUGAAACUGCGCUCUCUUCCGUGGAGAAUAAGAAAGGAGUGCAGAGCACAGGGACCCGCCACCCACGCCUGACUCCCACGCGGUCCUGCGCCCGCUAAAACUGUUCAGAGUCGCCUCAGUUUGCAUCUAUUUUAUUUUAAUCUGAUUUUUAACGUGGGACUGAGAGAGAGGGGGGAAGAGGGCGAAGAAGAGCUUCCGGGGUCCCCAGAGGACAGCACGGGCUAUCGUUGGAACCUUCUCUCUGUAUCCCACUCCUCAUCAUAUACCAUCACAUACCGACACACACAGGCCCACACAGAGAUGAGGACACCCACAGGCCCACACAGAGGUGAUUCCACCGUCCCUCUUGGUGUCACCCCAGAUCACACACAGGGGACCUAUGGCAGAAUGUCCCGCACACACAGGGCCAUAGCCUUCUUACCUUUGAUUCUCACUAUCUGUCCUAGGCCAGGUGUGACCUAGACUUACUCUGAACAGCAUGGCACUUCUCAUAAACACGAGGCUGUGGCCACACUGUGAGACACCAUUCCACACACAACAGCGGUAACAGUGUCACUUGGCCUUCCAGACCUCCAUCACACAUCCUAGCCCCACCCAGGUACUCACAGGCAGGCUUUCACACAAGCUCAGCCUGUUUCUCCAGAUCCUGUUCAUAGGGGGGGUUUAAGUUAUGCACUUAUAAGGUGUUUUCUGUGCAACCAUUUUAUAAAGUGCUUGUGUAAUUUAUGUGAAAAAAAUAAUAAAACCCUCCGGAUCCGGAGUUAGGGCUGCCUGCUCCUUGCUGAGCCCAACACCCUGCAGCUACUUGGGUUUGGUGUUAGCUGGGCAGCUCUGGAGCCUGAGCUUGAGGGGUAUCUGGAGGCCAGGACCUGC